AUGAAUGGAAUUUUCAAUUGGGUAUCGCGGAAGUUUUCUAAAGCAUCAAAUACCGCGGCAACAUCAAUAUUAUCGCGUAUACUAUCUAUGGUUAUAGAUCAACAGGACGAAAACUCAGUAAAACUCGAAUUAUUUAAUGAUUGGUCGAUGAAACUCAUUUUACGUAAAGUUUUUUUAAAACCUGAAUUAAUAAAUAACUCGAUAGACUUUAUAAAGCUCGAUUCUGUCUAUAUUUCUGACUUUUCUUUUAAUGGAGCCUAUAAUUUAUCAAAACAUGAAUGCAACAUAGAAACAGUCGUUGUCGAAUUAUCACUAUGCCAAACUGAACACAACGAUGUUCAUGAGAACGAGCUUACUGCUUCAUUACAAAACUUCAGACAACAACUUCCAAUCGAAAAUCAUGUUUCUAUACAAGAAUGGUUAUUUCACUACGUGGAAUCAGUGAAGCUAAAAGUCAAGAGAUUCACUGCUAUUGUCAAAACAUCGCCAGAUUUGCCUCCUUUAGUUGUAGAAAUUCAUGAUUUUUCUUUUGUAAUCAACCAUUCAGAAAGCGCCUUAUUUUCAGGAAAAGUAGGCAAAAUAAUGUUGUUUUACGGCUCCAGACUUUCAAAAACUAAAAUUGCUGAAUCAUCAAAAAUUUCAUUUAUCGCGAAUUCCGAAUCUAUUACGUUAAACUUCAACGAUGUUGAAGGUACAAUCGAUCAAACUGUUCUAAAACACUUAGCUACUGUUAUAAAAUUCAUUUUACAAUUUAUUCCAAAAGAAAAUUCGGAAUCAUCAAAGCAAAUCGUUGCUGUUAAUAUUAAACGAUGUAAUGCAACUAUUGGUGAAUACAAAUUCAAUGUAAACGAUACAGAAAUCCUAGUAAAAGAAACAAAUGUUGAUUUGACCAUCAAAAGUGUAGAUUCCAACCUUGUAACAUUCAAAGAUCCAUUAUAUAUCAAUGUAAAUUUACCUGUCGGUGAUCAUUUUGUUCUCCCGCAGAGUUGUUCAAUAAAUAAUAUAAUUGAUUGGGAAGAUAAGGUAUUUAACUCUAAUAUUAUACGUGUAAAAAUCAUUACACCUGAAGUUACAGGUAAUUUACCGCUUAAAAAUUUCUUAAACAUGGUAAAAACAUUCCAAAUGUUUGAAUUAUUAAAAAUUAGCGAUGAAUCCGACCAAUCAAUAGUUCCUGUUGCCGUUUCUUUAUACUUAACCAAGGCUAAGAUGGUUAUGGAUGAUUUUACCUUAGAAACAACGAAAUCUCAAAUUGGAAUUUUUAUUUCAACGGAAAAAGAUGUUGAUAUCCAAGUAAAUGUUGUUGGAACUAAUGUUUACUCAACAUUAAACGGUACAACACUUGUCCAAUCCAAUUCUAAUCAGUGCGAAUUCGCUUGUGUUGUUAAAUUAAGCGAUAUCAUACAAGUAGACUUGAAUUUGAACAAUUUGGUUGCAUGUGUACCUCGUGUAGAAGGAAUCAACUUCAUUAUGGCGUUCGUUGACGAAGUUCUGAAAAUUAAUGAAAAAAAUUCAGGUCCUUCUCCGCAAUCUGCCAUUAAUUUGAACUUUUCCAACAUAUUUAUAGACUAUAUGACCUUCAAAAUGCCUGCAAGACUGUUGGCAAACGUUCUAGAUGCAAAAGUUUUUCUGACAUUAGUUGAUAACUCGCUUAAAGGCACUGCAGUAGCUGCUCUAUCUGUUUUUAUGUCGAAUCUACGCCAGCCUUUACCUCUGAAAGCUUUAUCAAGUCCGAAUUUGUUGUCAAGACACGGAUUUGCUCAAAUUUUAAAGGGAGUUCUCAACGAUGUUAACUUUUCUUUACAGGAUAACACCAGAUUCUCAUGCUCUAUCAACCAUCCAACAGUUGCUGUUGGUUUGUGCUCGGAUUCCUUUAAUUUGCUUUUAUCUCUUUAUGCUCACAUUUUAUAUGGUCUAGAAUACGGAGAUAUCAAGUUAAAUGUGCAGCCAAAGCCUAGUAUAUCACAAGAUAUCAUCAAAGAGCAGCUAAUGGAAUCAAUGAGACUCUCUUUUAUAAAUGUGAAAAAUUCUGAAGAAAAAUUUACAUCUUCAGAAAAAUUUACAACUUCAGAAAAUUUUGAAGAUCAAAAAUCUGAAAAUAUUAAUGAAUCUGAAAAUGUAAUGAGUUCUGAAAACAAAAAUGAAAAUUUGGAAAAAUUUUCACAUUCAAAUUCUGAGAUUCAACUCGAAUCACCGAAAAGUGAGCCGGAGAUAUCCAUUUCUAUAACAGGAGUAACUGUUUCUAUUUUGUUUUACGGUGGAUAUGACUUCGAAAAAAUAUUUGAUCUCAGAAUACUUCAAAAAACGCCAGAAUUCACAAAUGAUGAUGAAGUUCUUGAUGAUGGAUUCGAAUACGUGCUUACAAGAAAUGAAAAUCCUUCAUUGGAGAUAGAUACAGUUGUUUCAUUAAAUUUGGGAAUAUUUUUGAACGACGACAUCAGUUUAAGAGUCAUUGCCAACUCAAGCAUGCUAGAUGUAAUCGACCACAUACCAGAAUCAAAAGCUAGAUUGAUGCUCGGCCUGGAAGAAAGAGAAAAACAAAUUUCUGUCAUUUUCGAUAUUAUGAAAAGUGACAAUUUACGAUUAUCGGUUGAAUUACCAAGUCUUGGGAUAUUUAUCACACAAAACCAGAUUGACUUUUUAAUUGAUUUCUUCGACAGAUCGAUUCCAAUUUUUGAAAGCGAUGAAAUUGAGAGGCCUCUCAAAUUUGACUUUUUCGCGAUAAAAGGUUCUUCAUUUUUAAUCAACGCGCACUUCACUUUUGGCCUAUCUGUAUCGAUAGAAGAUGUUACAAUUACAUUGCCAAUGUGUGCGUUUGCUAGUAUAUCAUCCAAAGAAGAACUUGUCGCGAGAUUAUCUGAAUUUUACUUUGAUUCAUUAGCAUGGUCCGCUUUUUCUGUUGCAAGCGGAUUACCUGUCUUAUCUAACUUCAAGAGGAUAGGACUCGCAGUUUAUAAUUUGUUUAGAAACUUCGGUGGCCGUUCAUUUUCAAUUUUGAUGAGAACUCUGGCCACAGAAGUCUUAAAUGCAGGAACAUGUGCUACAUCAUUGACAGAGACCUUGUUGUCCAUCGCUGUUGAAGCAGGAGCUGGAGAUGAAGAUUGGAGAAGAUCUCCAAUCGCUUCUUUGAUUGUAACUCAUAGAAUUGGUGCAAUUCCGAAUGUUGUUUUGAUGCCUGGUUUGAAAUUGGCAUCAGGAGCAACAAAAAUGUUGAAAUACGUGAAAGAUAAAGUUAAUCCGAAUGCAAGACAGGAAAGAAAGAGAACAAAGCCUAUAUAA